AAGUAAGUUUUGAAUCCCCAAAACGAAAUCAAGCCUCUGAUCCAAAUCUAUCUUUUAAUAUAUACCAUGGCUUUGCAAAAUACUGCGGCUCUACUAAUCUUCACGGGAAUCACCUUCUGUGCAGCCUCCGUCUCCUCCAAAACUGUGUACACGGUAGGUGAUUCUGACGGUUGGCAUCUUAACGUUGACUACGAUAGGUGGACUGCUGAUAAGCAUUUCUUCGUUGGUGACAUUCUAAUUUUUAACUACGACCAAGAUUACCACAACGUCCUGCUGGUGAAGAACCAAAAUUUCUUAUCAUGCGAUGGAUCGUCUCCUAAUUCAAGUUAUGCCUCUGGUCAUGACUCUAUCACUCUUACAAGUGAAGGCGAUUUCUUCUUCAUAUGCGGUUUCCCUGGCCAUUGCGAAGCUGGUCAGAAGCUUUUUAUCCAGGUUGAGGAUGCUGAAACUGUUUUGCCAAAUAGUGAACCGUAUCCUGAUGAAUGGUAGGCUCAAGUUCUCGCCUUCUCCGGUCGGUGAAUUAAUAUGCUUGGGAAAUUAAUAGAUCCUAGUAGUAGAAACGAAGAAUAUGUCGAGUUGGUUAUUUCAUGUCAGUUGUCACUGUAGCCUGCAUAGGAAGAAAUAAAAAUAGAUGGUUUUCAGUUGUUUGAGUGUCGUUUGCUAAACAAGAUGACUUUGUUUGAGAUAAACAUGUCUAGUGUGCUUGGGAGGACCUUUGUUUCAUAAACAAUUCGAUGCAACUAUUGCACUAUGGAAAAAAAAGUUAUAAUUAAAAAAUUAUAAUCUUCUCAUA